GAGCCUGUGGGGUUGAUCCUGAUCAAUAUGAUGGACAUAAGCUGAAGCUCGUGGGCGCCGGGGGCAAGGUCUACGAGUUGACCAUCCGUGUGAGGCAGAGACAGAGCGCGGAGGGCAUCCAGGAAGGAGAUGUUGUAGUGAUCCGGACCCCUAAGCUUGGCUGGUCGACGAAAGGCCAUGGCUUGCAUGCCGUGUUUUGCCAAGAUGGACGGUCCGAGGAGAUAGCUCUCAGGAACAGCUGGGGCAGCUACAAAGAGUAUAUUCGCAUCAAGCGGGACCACGAUGCCAUAGAAAGGGUCUACGAAGUGGAGAUCACCAAGUUGGUGCAACAGAAGUUAAGAGUCCCCGAUGAAGAGUUCCACACUGCGAAAUCUCGAUUCCAGCGCUCCAGUGCUGCACAUCAACUGCUCAAGCCUGGUCUCAACAUCCAGGGUAGGUGCAGGGGCAGGUGCCGCAAGAUGGUUUGGUGCAAUUUGGGCAAGAACUCCGCAGGAGACGAUCUGAUGCUGAUGCCAGGCCGCUGUCCUUCCUGUAGCGCUGGGCUAGAAAAUGGCGGUUCCACUUUGGGAUUCUACCAGUGCUCCUGGCAAAUCAGCGGCUUCUACGGUGGCGGCAAUGGCAAGGCUGAAAUCUUGAAGGGCGAAUCCUUGAGGGGCACCGUCUCCCCCGUUGACGGCUUUCAAAGUUGGCAGCUGGAGGACAUCACAGCAUAA